UCGGACGUUUUACACCACUAUCACACUACGUUGGAAGGAGGACACCAGGGAGUGCGGCGAACCUACCAGCGGAUCAGGGAUCACUUCCAUUGGAGGGGAUUAUACCGGAGCGUUCAGCGAUAUGUGGGGGAAUGUGUGGAUUGCGAGACAGGAAAAGGAAGACCAGUGAUCCGGGGUGAAUCACCGGGGAACUUGCAGGCGACGUACCCGUUCCAGAUUAUUGCGAUGGAUCACAUACCGUCGCUACCCAGAUCACACAAGGGGAACACUGAAUUACUGAUCUGGGUGGAUCUGUUCACAGGAUAUGUGAUCGCGAAGGCCAGCUCGUCCCGAUCGGCCCAGACGGUUGCGGGUGUGUAUUUCGGCGAUUUGGUGCCAAUGAUCCGACAUGAUCGAGAACCCGGCUUCAUGUCCGAUUUCUUCCGGGCGUUUAGCAAGAUCUUAAGGCAACGGCAGCGGGGGACGAUGGCAUAUCGUCCACAGGCUAACGGGACUGCUGCGAGAAUGGUGCAGACCACGACCAGAGCGCUCAAGAUGUACGUCCGCGAUCCUGAUCAGAAGGAUUGGGACGAAUAUGCUGAGCGCCUUACCUUCGCGAUCAACACGGCUCAUGAUCGGAUACGAGGAGAUACCCCUCAUUAUUUGGUACAUGGGUGUGAUUCGAGAUCGACAUUGGAGGCUACACUUCCGGUCGGAUGCACGGGACGGCGCGAUCGAGAUGCGCGGCGGUGGCGAUAUCGAGUCCAACGAUACUAUCAGCGAUCCCGAGAACAAGUCAACGCUAGAUUGAAGGAAGUCAUUGCAGAUAGGGCCGACCGACACAAUGAGGAUGUCAGAUCGCACCAGUCCGAAGCCGGAUCUCGCAUCUGGUUAUAUCUAGAUCGGGAUACGCGUGAAAAUUGGCUCACCUUUGGCACGGGCCGUUCCGGGUCGCCGAACUCGAGAUUGCAGAUCUUCCCAGUGGUACACGUGUCGAAGUUGAAAUUGGUCAAGGACUUUCCAGAUCGACCACGGGUGGAACUCACGGUGGAUGAGGCGGAUCGUCUCGAUUUUGACGAGAUCCUGCUUCCGGAGGACAGUUGGGUCCCGGAUCUAGGGGUCGAUGAGUAUGAAGUCGAGCGGAUUUCUGAUAUGCGGAGUGGAAAGAAGACACGAUUUGGAUAUGAUGAGGCAACCUGGGUCGACGAAGCCGAUCUCAACUGCGGGGCAAUAUUGAACACCUUCUUGCGAGAAAGGGCCAACCGGAAUCGCUUCAAUGUGAUGCAAUCACAUGAAGAGAUGUAA